AUGGAAUUAGUUGAUGAUGUUAAAGUUCGGUUGGCUACAUUGAGAGAGUGUGGUUGGGAUGAUUUGUUUAUUGAUGUCCAAGAAUUUUGUUUUACUCAAAGUAUUCUAGUGCCAAAUAUGGAUGAAGAAAUACCGGUUCGGGGUCGUUCAAGAAGAGAAGGGAGGACUGUCACUAAUCUUCACCAUUACGAUGCAAAGAUUUUUUAUGUUGCUAUCGACAAAAUAUGUGUGGAGAUGAAUCACCGAUUUAGUGAAGGAAGUAACGUUGUGCUGGAUUGCUUCUCAUGUCUUGACCCUAAGAACUCUUUUUCCAAGUUUGAUAUUGAUAAGCUUGCCCGUCUUGUUAAUAUUUAUCAUGCAGAUUUUUCUGAUGAUGACCGUGGAACAAUAAGGGAGCAACUUGAGACUUAUGCACAUCAAGUGAAAAGGCAUGCUUCCUUUACUUCUUGUGAAGAUGUUCAAAGUUUGGCUAUGAAGAUGGUUCAAGUUGAGAAACAUUUGAUACUUGGUAUCAAGAGGGAUAUAGAGCAUGUGACAUUGGUUGUAUUGAUGAGUUGGCCACAAAUGCAAUUGAAUAUCUAUUCCAUUUUGGAGCAAUGCGAGAAAAAGACCAUCCUUACUUGA